AUGAGCACUACAACAUCACAAACAGUCUCGGCCACGGCCAGCGAGGCAGACAGAAAAGCCCUGACCGACAAGCUGCUCGCAAAUGCCGCAAAGCAGCACACAAAGCCCCUGUGGACGCAAAUGGCGCGCCUCAACCCCCCGCUGCCCAACCCGCGAUGCGUCCCGCACCUCUGGGAGUUUGACAAGAUCCGACCGGACCUCGUCCUCUCGGGCGAGCUGGUGACGGAGAAACAGGCGGAGCGGCGGGUGCUGAUGCUGGUCAACCCGGCGCGCGAGGCGCCCUUCACCACCGACACGCUGUACGGCGGGCUGCAGCUGGUCAUGCCCAACGAGACGGCCCCGGCGCACCGCCACACCGCCUUUGCCUGCCGCUUCGUCAUCGAGGGCACGGGGGGCUUCACGGCCGUGCACGGGCGGCGCGUGCGCAUGCAGCGCGGCGACCUCAUCCUCACGCCGACGUGGAACUGGCACGACCACGGCAAGGACGGCUCCGGCCCCAUGAUCUGGCUCGACGCCCUGGACCUGCCCAGCUUUGUGCACUUUCCCGUCCACUUUGUCGAGCACUUUGCCCACCCCAGGUACCCCGCCGAGGACGUCGACUCUUCCACCUCGCCCAUCGUCUUUCCCUGGGUCGCCAUGGAGGCGAACCUGAACCGCAUCAACGGCCAGUGCGUGACGCUGCCGUAUCUCAAGGCGGACGGAUCUGAAGUGAGCCGCGUCAUCGGUGCAAGUGCGACAAAACUGGCGGCGGGUGCUUCGUCGUCCCCCGUCAGGGAGACUGCGUCCUCAAUCUACCACGUAGUCGAGGGAUCGGGCUACUCCAUCAUCGACGGAAAACGGUUUGACUGGCGCAAGUCCGACACCUUUUGCAUCCCUGCGUGGAACCAAUAUCAGCACUUUGCCGCCGACGGGGAGACGGCGUACCUGUACCGCGCCCAUGACAAGCCGAUGCUCAAGGCGCUUGGCUUCUACAGGAAGGAGGAAAUGGAUGUGGAGAGCCUGGUCUCGGAUUGA